UCAAAUGUAUGUUUUUCCUCAAUCGCUAUUUUGUAUCGGUAUGUAUGUUGUCCAGUUAUUAUGGAGUCAUGUUUUUGUCAUCAAAUUUCAAGAUAUACAUAGAAUUCUGAAUUUCAGGGGGGGUGGGGUUCUUCCACAGAAUAAAACUCACCAUUCUAUUAGGUAACGGAAGUCAACAUUUGAGAAAUGAAUGAAUAGUUUUGAUGAGCUCAAGGGCACAUGCAUCACGGCCCCGCAGGCCCACGUGAAUAUGCCAUCCACAUGUUCUUCACCUCUCUCCUGGUCUCAAUGUGUAAUUACAGUCAAACCUCUUUCCAUUCCUGCUAUAGCUGUGAAUAAUGCCUAGAAACAUAGUGACAGUGACCAAGUUAAAUGUCAUUAUUGACACAAAGUUAUCAAAUAACCAAGUCAAGUAAAUGUUUGUAUUGACUUUAGGUUAUGUAACGUGUGGUGCAGAAAUCUGCUUUUCCUGCGUGGGUUUAGGUGUAUGAUUAGGAUUUGUGGUGGGUUUCGGAGACAGGAACCAAUCAGACAGCAGUCUCCUCGGUGUAUGAACCAAAUAAAAGUAGGGAGUCAUAAUCUGGUGUUGAAGAGUCAGAUUUUGGACAAGCAUUUGUUGUUCUGCAGAGACCUACAGAGUACUUGUACGUGACUAACUUCAUAGAGGGUGUGCAGUAGUCCUGGUUGAUUUCAGUAAUAAUGGCAGUCUGGUCUCUUUGUCUGUCUUUCUUUCUGCUCUUUGCUCUGGAUGCUGCAGGGGCAACACCUCUUAAUGGCACAAGCAAUGGUGAGAUAUUGAUGCUGUCUUUUAGUGCGUUACAUUUGUUCUGUCUAGUUGUAGUGACAAAAGCAGGGUCGUCGCUGGAACUGCUUGUUGCUUGUCUGUCUUUCUUUCUGCUCUUUGCUCUGGAUGCUGCAGGGACAACACCUCUUAAUGGCACAAGCAAUGAGACCAUUGACCUGUACACAAAGAUAGACGGAAAGUGUGCACCAACCGGUGGCUGCCUGUGGUCUGCAUAUGAUUGUAGAUGCUUCCGCUUUUUUAGCUGCGGGACGUCCUGGAUUGAUGCAGAGAAACAGUGUUUGGACUACAACGGGCACCUCGCCUCUGUACACACUAAUGCGGAGUACACCUUCAUACAGAACCUGAUUAAAUCUCAAACUCGAGCUUCAACUGAGGCCUGGAUAGGAGGCUAUGGCUCUGUUUCAGAGAGAUCGUGGCUCUGGAAUGAUGGGUCCAAAAUGAACCUAGAGAUAUGGGCUCCUGGACAACCUGAGCAUAAGCUUUGGAAAGAGAACUGUAUUGGGAUGAACUAUGACUGCUCAGAAAAGUGGAAUAACUACAAGUGUGAUCGGAAAAUGGGUUUUGUGUGUAGCAGGAUGAGAAACCUUAAUGGAGAAUGUUGAAUGUCAUAUUGUCUUGCAUUAAAGGAAUAGUUGACCCAAAAAUGACAAAUAUUUACAACAGUGCUUACCCUCAGUCGAUCCAAGACAAAGAGGAGUUCUUCAUCAGAACAGAUUUGAAGAAAUAUAACUUUACAUCAUUUGCUUAUCGACGGAUCCUCUGCGGUGAAUGGGUGCCAUCAGAAUGAGAGCUUAAACAGCUGAUCAUGAAAACAUCACAAUAAUCCACACGACUCCAGUCCAUCAAUUAAUGUCUUGUGAAGUGAAAGGCUGCAAGUUUGUAAUCAAAUUUUCUUUUUCAUUUUUUGGUCAACUGCUCCUUUAACUAAUUCUCUCUGAUUUCUUUACUAAUGUGCAAGUAGAACUCACAUAUAUGUGCAUUUUCUGAAUGAAACUCCCGAAGGUUUUGGUAAACUUUGUAUCUGAGUAAAUAAAAUUCUGCAUCAGAGCUGCUUUGUUUUUGUCAUGCCUGUGUGUCGUUAUAGGAAAUAAACAGAAACAUUUGCUAAUCGAGUUGUUAUAGAACAAACUGUAAAGUAAUUCAAUGAGAAGUGUGCCAAAGAAAGAGAAUAUUUGAAGAUGAUUUUUGUCAAAAUGUCUAUUUAAUGAAAUUACAAAGCUUAUAUAAAGCAGCAGUAAUACAAACACCAAAUUCUUUAUAGAGUAACUUGUGACAGUGAUUAGUCCACAUGAAGGAGAUGCUUCCAUUUUUUUUUAACACCCCAAAACUGGACUGGUAUGAGAUGGCAGCUUCGAAUGUGGAUUCCUUCAUCUGACGAUGACGAACCUCGCGAACGCAUGAGCUGCAGUUAACUGUAGUGCUUAUGUCCUCCUCUUGGAAAAUGUCUUCGGAAAAGAGUACUUCAAUAGUACUCCUACUAAUUUGAAAAUAGUAAAUCAAAAACAUCAGUUUAAACAAAGACCUGGUUAGGAGGAUAUUUUGUGGCUUCUGCUGCUGCUGUGAGAAAUCACUAUGGAAGUCUUGAGGUUUUGAAUUCAUUACGAUUGAUGAAUCUGAAUUUAGUGUUAACAUGAACGCUAAAUAAAGCGAUCGGGUUGAUGUGACAUAUAAAUUGGAAAUCGGAAAUAACAUUUUUUUUUUUUUGACAUGCACAGCACACUGCACAAAUAUAGAGUUUCUCACUGUCUGCACAAAAUAAACACUCUCCUACAGACGGCCAAGCAGCACGUCCAGUCUGCGCCUGCACCUUAUUUCUCAUGCACUGGUUCGCCAGCUGAACAGCCAAUCAGAAUGAACAGAUGGCCCGACUGACCGACGAGCUCCAACGCCGAUUCCACAUGUCGAAUCGGCCGAAAAAAAUCCAACGAGGACCAGCUUCAGCCAACGGUGCAGAACACACUUGGUCGGCCGACUAACAAAAACUGGGGCUUGGUGUGUACCGGGGGCUUACAGGCUACACAUGUUGGCCUUCAGGCCUUGAUCGAUAUCAGCACUUAUGUGCCUUCAGGAAUGCCAAAUGGCCUUUUUGUUCCUCAAGAUAUGUUUGGGACUGGAAAGCAGAAGUCUUUGAAGAUUUUUGACCCUACGCAUCUUUGCAGCAAUAAAAUGCGCAACACUGUUUUUCUACGAAAUUCUACGUAA